AUGGCAUUGCUGCCGCAAGAAAUCAACCGCGCGGCCGCGGCCCAUACAAAGGCGAGAAUCAACGUGGAAAUCUCUAGAACCGAGGGAGACGUCGUACUCCGCAAUGACCCAGAGGCAAAAGCAGCGUUCUUGUCUACAUUCACUUCUGAAGAAGAAAAGGCAAUCAUGCACAAGGUCAACAAGCGGUUUUUUGUCUUGAUUGGGUUGAUGUAUAUGAUCAAGCAGAUUGAUGUUAUUAAUGCUGCAAGCGUCAAGGUGCUUCAAGUUGGACAGCCGAGUAAUAUUCUUAACGAACUUCAUAUGACUACGAACCAAUACAAUUGGGUGCAAUCUAUAUACUAUAUCAGUUAUAUCAUCUUCGAAACACCCAGCAACCUGAUCCUCAAGCGAAUGGGACCGCAUCUCUGGCAGUCCCGGAUCUUCUUCACAUGGGGGGUCAUAGUUGCCUGUCACGCAGCCAUUCAGAACAGGGCUGCGUAUUAUACUGUCAGAUUCUUACUCGGCAUGAUGGAAGCCGGCAUGUUCCCCGGAGUGGUUGCCCAGUUAGCGAGUUGGUACCGCACCGAGGAGAUGGGAAGACCGAUUACGUGGUUUUUCGCAAUACAGACAGCUGCGACGAUUGUUGGGUCUCUUGUGUGUUAUGGGAUUAGUUAUAUGGAUGGUAUUCGGGGCCUGAGUGCAUGGCGAUGGGUUUACCUCCUCGAAGGUCUCGCUACCAUCCUCUUCUCUGCCGUCGUAUACUUCGUACUACCGGACUAUCCAAAAUCCCCCAGUAGCGACAAAUGGCUCACAAAGCGCGAGCAAGAAUUCAUCGAAACACGCUUGCCCGAAAAUGCACCCCUGACCAGCGACCCCGUCUUCAGCAAGAAGGAAGUGAUUGCAUCCCUCAAGACGCCCACCAUCUGGUCAUUUAUGCUCUCCCAGAUGUUGGUGAAUAUGGGCGGCUAUGCGCUGACUUGGUAUUUGCCCACCAUUACGACCAAUCUGGGAUUUGCCUCGCUGCCUAGAAAUCAGCUUUUGAAUAUUCCGCCUGCUGCAGCGGCUGUGAUUGGGCUGAUUGCGGCAGAUUAUGUGAUUACUUUGGCGCUGAUUCCUCGGCCUGCAGUUAUUAUGAUCAUCAUGACUGGCAUGGUAGUCUGCUUCGUCCUCUUCUUCACCAUCUCAAACCGCGUCGGAAUCUACAUCGCCUGUAUCCUCGGCACAAUGUUCUACCAAGCCUACUUCAUCCCUGGCGAUCAUCCACCCUCAAAGGCUCAACGGGUGCCGCAUUCACACUCGGUUUCCAAAACUCUGUCGGACAAGUCGGGGGCGUCGUUGGCCCGCAGCUUUUUCAGUCCAAGUGGGCGUACAACGGGUACAAAAACAGUUUUGCCAUUGCAGCAGCAGCUAUCAUUGCUGCGUUUUUUGCUAAUCUCUUGA